AUGGCUGCUGGCUACGGGCAGAGUAUGUGGGGUAAUGGUCAGAGAGUGGUGGAAGAGCUGGGGACUGGUGACGAUACUGAUACACAAGGAGUUGGUCUGGCUUCGGGGAGACGUUUUGCAAGCGAUCCGCUUCGUUUUACGGGAGUAGAUAUGGGCGAGAGCAUGGUGCGGUCGCGCAGGAGAGCCUACGAACAACCAGAUGAAGACGACGACACUUCUGACUCGGACCAAGACUCGGAACUUGACGCCGGGAGCGAAAAACAGCUUGCUCUACAAGAAAAAGAAAAUGCCUUGGUGGAAUCUGCAUUGCGACGAAUACGGCGAGCACAAGCAAAAGGCAAACAGGAGGUCAAACUGAACAAGAAGGAGCUGGCAGCUUUGGAACAACGGCGCAAGCGCAUGCAGGCCGAAUCUGGCGGGAGCAAGAAGAAGAAGGAGCAGCGGUACGCUGUGCCAUUGUCGCAGCUGGGGCCAAUAUCACAAAAGGAGAACCGAGCUCUUGUUGCGCCUGAUGACACAUUACCUCAUCAUCCUUCGCCGGGGACAUUUGAGAGAACACAGGAGGGGAGGCUUCAACCGCCGGUUGGCUGGUUCGCUCACCCGCCGUCGUCCCGUCCAGGAACCGCCGAUUCUCGUGAAUCUCGCAGAUCUUCUGGAAGGGCAUCCGACCGCGAACUCAGCUCUUCCCCUUUCCAGUAUUCUUACGUCCAGCCAUCAAGCUCGCCCUCGAACCCGAGACAUUCAUCCGAUCCCUCCUUACGGCAUCGCUCAUCCCGUGGUCCACUGCCUCACGAAGAAUCAUGGACGCCACAGUAUGGCACAUCCGCAUCCACAUCGUCAAUACCCUCGGCACAUGACCCUUUCAGAUACAUGACCUCAGGCCCGCAAGCUCCUUAUCAUGCUGGUAGUACAGCUGGUCCUCGUAAUUUCUCCGGCUCUUCACCAUACUUGGAUCCUCUGCGCGCAGGCAAUGCUGCUCGGCGCCAGUCCAAGCAGAUCAGUCCUGAUGACACCGAGAGUGAAGACAGCGAUGAUGAGGACGACACCAGCGAUGAAGUGGGCGCGGGCGUGCGCAUUGGGAGCUCAAACGUCGGGCCUUCGAGCGCUCGAGACCAGAUAAUUGUCGAGGAGGAGCGUGAACCUACACCGCCGCCUCGGCCUGUGACGCGAUCAAAAAAGGCCUCGUCAGCUACAUCGUCUCCUAAACGAAAACCCGUGGGCGGUGGCACUGGCCGCAAGAAAAAGGGCAGCAAAUGA